AUGUCGGGGUUUUCCUUCAAUCUAUUAAAAAUUACUGAUCCACAAUUUCGUUUGGGCAGAUUGAUUUUUUCAAGAAAUAAACAUGAAAAAAUAUUGGAUACUCCAAAUUGUUUCGUAUAUACAAUGAGAGGCUCCGUACCACAUUUAACUCCUGAUAAUUUACAAACUAUUCCGGUUGAUGCAUUGGGGAUAACUCUGGAACAUUUUCUUGAGGCACAACCUCCAUCUUCAACUCAUUUUGUGGGUGGAAUACAUAAAUUUUUGAAUCUUGAAGAUUAUUUAUUGUUUUUUGAUGUUCGAGACUCUGGAAAAUUACAAAUUAUUUCAUUCAAUACUGAUAAAUUUGUUUCCGUUGUUACUAAUCAAGGAUGUCGUAAAGUUACUACUGAAGAAUAUGUAAGAUACAUGAAUAUAUAUAAUCCUGAUAUAUUUGCUAGCAUGGCGGAUUUAAUACCUGUCAAGAAUCCAAGUUUGAAAAGGGUUAAGAAAUCCGUCGAUAGAACAUUAAAUUGGUUAGAUGAAACCUUGGAACAAACAAAAGAAGGGAUCCAUGUAUUUGGUGUUGUAACUGGACAUGAUAAACAUGAAGAACGUGUGAGAUCAGCUCAAGAGACUGCAAAUAGAAAUGUAGCCGGCUUUGUGUUAAAUGGAUUGGAUCUAGACAUGACUUCAAAAGAACGUUUAGAUUUAAUGAAAAUCUCACUCAAACAUCUACCAAAAAAUAAGCCUCGUGUAGCAUACGGACUUGGGGCUCCAGGUUUGACCAUAGGAAUUGAUAUAUUUGAUACAAGUUAUCCUUCAGAAGAGACAUCUUUAGGACAUGGACUCACAUUUUUGAUACUUGAAGAUGGAAUUCAAAAUGAACAAGAAAAAUUCAUAAAUCUUUGGGAUAAUAAAUAUAGAACAGAUUUUAGACCAAUUUUAGAUGGAUGUAAAUGUUAUGCAUGCCAGAAUCAUACAAGGGCAUAUAUCCAUCAUUUACUAGAUACUCAUGAGAUGCUUGCUACUGUAUUAUUAAUGAGUCAUAAUUUAUUCCAUUAUUUGCAAUUCUUUAAAGACAUUAGAAAGUCUAUAGAUAAUAAUACGUUUACAAAUAUUGCUAAGCGAUUUAUUAGUAUGUAUGGCAAUGAUAUUAAAAUGAAUAAAGCGGAAAUAAAGAAUUUCUUAUUUUAA